CAUGAAACCCAGUCUAAAUUGUUCGGCUUUGCUGGGUAUUCUUCUCCUCUCUGAGGUUAUAAAACAGUCGAUCUUUCCCAAGGUUCCUGAGCAGUUUGGGGAAUGGCCAAUUCCGGAAAGAAGGUGUUGCUUACCUCCAAUGGCGACGAUAUCUGCAACAAUAUUGCCCACCACUUAGCUCAGCGCGGCUGCCAAUUGGUUUUAGUGGGUGAUGAAAGAAAGUUGAAGAGAGUAGCUGAGAUGAUAAGGCAAUCUCUAGAUGGGAGUGUUGUGGUGGAAGUGGUCGGUUUGAACAUGGAAGACGAGCGAGAGACUGCGUUUGAUGAAGCAGUUGACAAAGCUUGGAAAGUUUUAGGCUACUUGGAUGCUUUAGUCCAUUGCUAUUCUUAUGAAGGGAAGAUUCAAGAUCCUCUUGAGUUAGGGGAAGACGAGUUCAAAAAGAUUGUGAAGGUUAAUUUCAUGGCUGCUUGGUAUUUGUUGAAAGCUGUGGGGAAACGGUUGCGCGACAGGAAAUCAGGAGGGUCUAUUGUGUUUUUGUCUUCGAUCCUUGGUGCCGAGAGAGGAUUAUAUCCGGGAGCUGCUGCAUAUGGUUCUUGUUUGGCUGGAGUUCAGCAGCUUGUUAGGACAGCAGCAUUGGAGAUAGGAAAGCACCAGAUAAGGGUGAAUGGGAUUGCGCGGGGCUUGCAUUUGAACGAUGAGUUCCCAACAUGGGUAGGAAAAGAGAGAGCAGAGAAGUUGGUGAAGGAUGCGGUCCCACUGAACCGAUGGCUCGACGUGGAAAAAGACUUGGCUUCAACUGUCAUCUACCUCAUCAGCGAUGGGUCCCGUUACAUGACUGGGACCACCAUAUUCGUCGACGGGGCGCAGUCCUUGGCCAAGCCUCGCAUGAAAUCAUACAUGUGAAAUCUACCUGAUAGGAUCUCAUCUCUUUGUCUGAUCUUCUGGUUUUUCUUCAAGCAUUGUUUUUUAAAACUCUUUUCAACAUGAUUGAUUCAUGUUAUUAUUGUUAUUUGUUGUUGUUGUUUGGCAGAUGAGGUAUAGUAGUUGCCAAUUGUUUGACUUGUGGCUAUAAUUAUGAAACAAUGAAAGAAAUAACAUUAU